AUGGAGGAACUUCAGGUCCAAGAUUUAGUCAAUGAACACUUAGUUGAGUAUUAUGAUGAUCCUGAUGAACUGGCUUUGUACCAAGAGUACCAGGAGAUGGAAAAAUAUGGCCGCUUUUUCUACUUGUUCAAGUCUUGUGUUGGGCCAACAACAUUUCAAACUGUCGAGCUUGUGGGACCGCUUAUUGCUAUGUGUGUUAUCCUGCGAAUUGUAUCACUCCUAAAACUGCCAAGGCUUAUCGUGCACUUUGUUUCAUUUGUCUGUGGGAUUGCAGCGCUCUUUCUAUUCGUUAAGAAGAACGCCCUUUAUCCUUUGACUUUGUGCUGUCUGAGUUACCCAGUCCUUUUUCUGAGAAAUGGAAAGCGUGGACUUGUCAUGGCGUGCACGUCGGUGGCCUUUUUGAUUACAUGGUAUGGUUCGCAUGCGAUUGUUUUACACAAAGUGAUGGCAUGACUCCAGUCCUCCUUACACCCUCACCCCUCCUCCCUAGAAAAUCACCUCAAUGUCUACAGUAGUAGACAUUGUGUAUUCUGCCGGUGCAUGGCCUCCUUGCUUACCUCACAGACCUUACCUUUGACACAGUUGAACCAGACAUUGUACAGUAUUCACCCACAACAGUGCACAAACUGUCUGAAUUGUAGACACCAUUGGUACUCGAGCUACAUGUACAUAUAAUUUACCCACACCUUGUAGAUUUGUUGGGUUGGAGGGACGAAUGACUGACAUUUCAGACUAUACACAUUACAAUAACAACAUCUAUGUAAAACAAGAUGAAGAGGUCAUGUUUGUGUCAAGCAGUAAUUAUUAUUGAUGGAUCUACAAUCUUUGAUCCCUCAUGCUUGUGUAUGUUUCCAAGGGACCAAAUAUUUGCAGCAGUAAUUAAUACAAAUUUACAUCAUUCCACUUAUGGUCAUUUGAGAAUAUUGAUUAUCCAUGUUGAUGGUUGAUCAGACCCCAUUUGUUCAAAAGGUAGAUAGUCCAAUCCACUGGAUAACUCACCAUCCAGUGGAUAGCGCAAUUAGUUUUUGUGAUACGUAUCCAUUGGAUAGCGAUUUACCGGUGGAUAGCACUAUCCAACUUUGGAACAACCGAGGCAGGACUAUGAAUUGAACGGGUGCAUUGAACAAGCCCUUAGUGAUUCUUGAGGUGUUGAAUGUCAAAUACAUUUAAAUCUGCUGAAUUUGUUUCACAAGCAACUACAGGUGAAUGUCCAAACAUGCACACACAUACAAUGAAGAGGUAUCUGGGAUGAAAAAUGGAAAUAGCAAACACAUGUUGUCUGUAAGUGCUUCAAGUUGAAACACUAAGCUUGAAUGCUCCCAAUUACUAGAAGAUGUUUUUGGUAGAUAGUUUUCUUGACAAUUUCCUAGCAUGAGGAUUAUGGGCUGUGUCAUUUAAAAUUAAGAUUAACUUUUAUGUUGACUUUUCUACAGUGAACUUUUCAUUGUUACAGCUGAAAACUGGCACCAGGUUCGAGGUAUGUUUUCUUCAUGGCUACAUUUUCCCUAAUAAUGGGCAGUGUAGGGUGCUUUCAAUCACUAUUUUGGGAGGUUGAUGUUUGGUAUCCCAGGGGCUCAUGCUUAGGCGGCCCUUAAUAAUUUUUCUUCGUUGUCACCACUAUAACAUAUUUUGCUACACAAAUAACUUACCUUGUAUUAUUUUAAAUGAUGUUUUUAGGUUCACAGAUGGUACUGGUAAUGAAGCUAAUUUCUUUGGCAUUUGAUGUGGAUAAAGGGGUGAUAACACAACCAAAUAUUCUGGAGUAUUUCGGCUACACUCUUUCAGUUAGUUCAGUUGUGUUUGGACCUUUCAUGACAUACACAGAUUACUGCCAAAUCCUUGUUGGAAGACCAUUGGUAAGGAAAUGAGUUGAAAUUAGACUUGUGAACUUGGGUGAAUAUAGUGCUUAUACAGUGGUUAAUCCAAUGAAGGUUUUGUCAACCUCACAGGUUUGAUAAACCUCCUCUCUUUCAUAAAGCCUUCAUCUUGUCUGAUCUAGCCAGUGUGGUGUUGAGCAGAAAAAAAAGGCUCUGCCAAUACUUCUUGUCCUACCCCAGAGUAAUGGGGCGAUAAUUGAGGCUUGUGUUAAGUCGCUAAUUACCUGCCACAGGGUUGUGUCCCCCCCUUAUUACAGUAUGCCAUCCUGUUGUUUGUUUAACUGCAUGUCUUAUUUAAUUGUGUGACUUUUCAUGAGGUUUUUAGAAAGCUCAUAGUGACAUUUAACAGUUCUUAAUAAUGCAGUCUCCUGACAUGCCCAUUAGAUUGUCUCCUUUCUUGCAUUUCAGAGUUUUUCAUGGUUGGUUGGAGUAAUUAGAAGCUGUGUUAUCUCUUAUUGUUGCCUGAUUAUAUCAGCUUGCAUUUCUCCUUGGAUUUUUGAAGAGGAUGCAUUCAAGUGAGUCCCUCAAUCAUUAUUAAAAUCAGGUAUAUGGUGAAAACUUUUCCCAGAAAGAAGGUAUACAGGUACUAGCCUACCAGAGCUACCCUUGGCCAGCCAACUUUCCUUACAUUUCCUUUUCAAACUUGGCAAACUGUUGCCUAGUCCCUGUAAGGCCCUCUCGGUCAAUUCGUUUUGGUGACGUAUCCGAGGUGAACGGGCAUGGACCACGUGACCCGAAACGCUUUGGCCGCGAGGAAAAAUGAGGCCUAGGGACUAGGCAAGGCAAACUGUUUACAGGAGAAACAAAAAGUUGGCUUGGUUAGACCAGGUCAACCUUUUUUUGGGGCCAACACUUUGGCUCACCCGGCCAGGUCAACUUGGUCAAGGCCAGACAAUUAGAGGAUGCGUAAGCUCUGUUUUAGACAAUCAGACCAUGCACACGCGAACGCUGUUGGUUCAGGCAAAGAGGAUGAAACUUUCUUCCCAUAUAAACACUCACUAAUGUUGACUUGGAUGGAAGGGUGACCCUCUUUCUCAUGACAACUUUUCUCCAUUUAAAUGGGGCCUUAAUCAUCUUUGUUUUUGCCAAGCGUUAAAGUGGAUCACCUUUUUUGAGUCAAAAGACCUUGUCACACAGCUACCAUUUAGCAUAAAGAACAAAACGUAGGACUAGUUUCUAGUGUCUAAAGUCUAGGAAUAGUUCAAGAAAGUCAAACUAAGUCAGACUUUGGUCUCACUGUUUCAAUAAUUCCUCUGGUUUGACCUCUUACUGCUGGUCUUCUUGAAACAGGAAAUGGUGUCACCUGGCUUAAUUUGAAGGAAUAUACGUAAUUCCAUGUUUGUUUGUGACUGCAGCAUUUGAAUCCUCACUCAUCCUUUUUCUGCAAUCUUGACUUUGCUAUCCCAUUGUUUUUAGAAUAAAGGUUGCCUUUUUCAGUUAAGAUAACAAUUGCUAUGAAGGUGAACAUGAUCUUCACAUUAGAAUGAAUAAUCUAAGUGACUGAAUAACAACCGGAAAAAUUCAGGCUUGACCAGGAAACAAACCCUGACCUUUGCAAUGACCAGACACAACGCUCUAUAUGUAUCUAUAUAUUGUGCUGAAUCAAGCCAACGCUGGAGAGCAGGCCAUUGUGAGUUCGUGUGAUACCCCAUGGUGGAAAUGACGGGAAUUGAAAAUAUAUGAAAUAAAUCAUAUUUUGAACUGUGGGUAAAUAGGUGAAAGUGAAAUGAUGAUCCUCGUAGUUGAAUGAACAAUCUAUGCGGUUGAAAAAGAAUCUGGAAAUCUUCUAUUACGAAGAUCAUGUAACUUACUUUCAUGUCUUUAUCGGCCGUUCUCAAACUCAUUAAUAAUUCAUAAAGAAAUUACAAAGAAAUUAAUGUUCAAUGAGUGUUUGGAAAUCAGAUGAAAAACUGUUCAGUUUUGUGUCCUUAAUUUCUCCUUCUGAAAUAAUUUUGUUUGAGAAGCAAUAUCAAGCAUUUGACACAGUGUUUCAUCACCAGAUGAAACACCUCGAAGUUUGUCAAAAAUACUCCACUGCGUGUUGUGUUUUCAACUCCCUCCUUGGUGUUUUAUCAGGUGAUGAAACACUGCAUCUCAUGCUUGAUAUAUUACUUCAAAAUAUGAUUCAUUUCAUAUUAUUUCAAUUCACUAUCAUUAUUUCAAGUCUGUUUUAUUGUUUAUAUCUCUUCUCAGAUGGUUUGUUGCAUACCAGUCUGCCAUGUCCUUCAGGUUCAGCCAUUACUUUGUGAGUUUCCUGUCUGAAUGUACCAGUUUAUUAAGUGGCAUUGGAACUGAGGUUAAUCAAGAAGGAAAGCAACUAACUAUCUGGUAAUAAUGGUUAUUCCACUUGUUUUACAAACUCUGAAAAGUCCAUAACACUUAUCUUUUGAUUUUUCAUGUCAUGUUUUCGCAUGUCAUUGUUAGCAGUCUUGAUGAGCAGGAUUGAUUACAGUGAUUCUAUAUUAAUUUGAAUUCCCUAAAAAAAAACUUCACUUAUCCAUCCGGCAAGUUAAUAAUGGUAAUUAAGGUAAUUGAACUGAGUGGAGUGCAAUUAAUUGGUGUGAAAUCAUAUGCAUGAUUUUAAAAUCAAACAAGGGUGCAGCACAAGUUCAAUUUAAAAGCACAAGUAUGAUUUCAGACCAAAAUUGCAUGACAUGAAGUUCAAUCACCACUUUAUUACAGCCAUUUUGAAAUCACAGAAUUCAGUCAGUACCAAUAUUUAUUUGAUCUAGUAGCUGGUUUGUUAAAAAGCGGAGACAAAAAGGCUUUUACAUCUUGUUUUGUACCCGAAACAGGAAUGGUGCAAAAAAGAGUGAAAAUGGUGAGAUUUAAAACAGAAAUGACGCAAUUUAGAGCAUGAAUGACGCGAUUUAAAACAGAUGUGAUUUAGAGCAAAAAAAUCGUGAUUCGUGAAUAAAUCACACAGCUGAGUAGCCUGCAGAGAAGGCGCUGUUUAGCAGAAACUCAGACUUACAUUGAUUGCGGCCGCCAUCUUGAAAAGCAAAGGGAAAGAGUAAGGGAGGAGGGGCGAGAAAGGGGGGAGAGGCGGUCCCCUCCCCUCCCCCUCCUUAGCCUGCGUAGCAAGUGUUUCCGCACGAGUUUGUCAAGGAAAGGUGGGACAAGAGCAAAAAAAAAGAAAUGGCAGGGGAGGGGAAAGGAGGAAAUGCUUGCCCGCAAACCCCACGAUUUUGAAAAACUGCGUUCGCCCACAAACACAGUUUCUGAUUGGUGCAGUGCCAGUAGUGUUGAUUGCUUAGCACUCGAAACAUCAAUCAAACCAGGUAUGUUUUGUUUACGUGCGUCACAGAUCUGGUCUUAUCUGAUUUGUGGUUGCAGAUUACGAUUGCUUUGGACUGAUUUGAAUUGUGUUUGUGCAAAGGUUUAUGAGAUCAGAGUCUUUAAAGUAUAAUGGGAGAUCGAGCUGUGGAGACUAGGGAAGGCCAAUUUACUGGGAAUGACAGUGUGCGGAUCUGACAGGAAAAAAUGGACUGUUUGUUGGAGACAACAUCAACGUAAAUCAGAACAUCGGUACUCAACACUAGCUAUUAGAAAGCCACCGUGGACAAGCGAUUUGUCAGCUUUUUGAAAUGAAAAGACUCUUUUUGUUUGGAAAUUUAGCGGCAUGUAUUGUAGAGAACAUUUAGACACGGGCUGAAGAGCAGCUGCUCUGCAAAACUUAGCCGGCGGAGUGAAUUGUUCCAGACAAAUCAUUUUUGAUGUUUCAACAAGGUUUCAGACGAGAUAAAGCCACACAAUAAAAAACAAGAAAUUCCGCAGUUUUAACCUUCUUUUAUCAUAAACCUUUUUUAUUACAAUUUUUGCAAUCGCCUGGAACGUGUUCUAUUAGAAAACAAAGUAAUUUUGCAAAUCUGGAAAUCCAGGGUAGGAAUCUGUUCGUUAUACUUCUAUUUUGACGAGCUGUCAAUUUACAAAUGAACCGAACUAUGGAAUAAUUAUCAAGGGGCGUUUUCCAGAAUCGUGGGGUUUGCGGGCAAGCGUUUCCUCUUCUCCCUUCCCCCCCUUUUUUUUUGCUCCCACACUAACUUUCGUGCCAUAACUCGAUUGGAAAAACUUGCUACGCAGGCUACCCCCUCCUUUAUUUUAAACCUAUCAACCUCUCCCUUAAAAUAAGUUUUGGACUCAUCCCAACUCUGGUAGUAUUAAUGUCCAAGAUAGCUGGAUAACGUUAUUCCCGAAAAAAAAAAUCAUGGAUCGCACUGCAAUAUAUGCCUGCUUUGCAGGCUAACUGCUGAGAGCCAAUCAGAUUGCAGGGAUCACCAGUGAUUUCAAAAUGUAAAGAACAGAAAUCACUAGCAUGAUAGCAAAAUCCAUUAACCCCAGGCUACAGGGCGCUACUUAAUAUUUGCACACUACUAUAAAGUCAUAUUGUCAUCUCAAAAUUUAAUUUUUUAAGAUUAGUUAUUUGUUUUAUAGUAAACAAAGGAUAUUAAAUAAUAAUAAUUAUUAUUGUUAUUAGUUGUCAAGAAGCUAUCUACCUCUUUCCUAAUCAUCUGUCAAACAGUGAUUAAUAACCUGUUACUAACUGUUUGUACUAACUGUUAGGAGGUCAGAUGUUGCAAGGCCACAGCACAUUGAGCUUCCCCGCUCCUUGGUCGAGGUUGUUGUACACUGGAAUAUUCCAAUGCAUGUAUUUCUAAAAAAUUGUAAGUUUAUGUUCUAACUGUUUUUUUAUAUAUAUAUAUUGAAAUUACUAAUGAAGUGAAUUGCUAUCUCUGUGCAUUAAUGUGUCCCAGCUGCUGCUUAUUAUUGUUUUACUUGUUUAAAAGGAUAGCCACUCAGAACCCAUAUAAGAUUAUAAAAAGAUGACACUUUUAAAGUGGGUGUUUCUCAUUAUCCACUGAACAGGUGGCAAGAGUUCUUUUCACGUCCCCAGAGAUAAGUCCACACAUGGUUUUAAUAAUAAUAUUGCCCAAUGUGGUCAUUCUGAUAUUUACAUGUACACAUUACUGUUCAAGUGGUCUCCAGUCUAAUCCAGUCAGCAUGUAAUAAUUAUUGUUAGUAGCACUAAAUGCAGCGCCGUAGCUAGUAUGAGGCCAACCGAGGCACUCGCCUCGGUAAAAUUUUGACGAAUUUCACCGAUCAUUUUUAUUUUACAUAAGCGAUCAUCGGAUAUUUUUAACGCAUCAUGAUAUUACAAAGAAUUCUGCAAUUCAGUCAAUAUACUAUGAAAAAAUUACCAUAUCAUCGAUCUCAAGGGGCUACGUACGUUAACUCAAAUUUUUUUUGAACAAAUACUGAUCAAAACCGUUGGCGAGGUUAACGGUCACCCAGAUUAUGUAGCUUGUUUCUGAUUAUUGCUUUUUAAAUUCCACUUAAAUUAACUCGAAAAAAAGUUACCGAAAGGCCCAGAAAACGCUGCAAAUCGCAUUUCCAAGAGACUAAAGUUCAAAAUUUCUCGGGGGGGCAUGCCCCCAAACCCCCCUAGCAACUCCCGCCUUUCUCGGUUGGCCGUUUGGUCUGGCUACGGCACUGAAAUGCAUUGCAAGAACUAAUGUUACUGGACCAUUUUGAGAUUAUAAGAACCAUAAUGCAGGAUAUUGUUUGUCACAUGAACUUAGGUUAGUGGCCUUUGUUCCCACAAGUCUUCCAUGAGUCUUCUUUAGCUUAGUGGUAGGGCAUCUGGACUUAAUAGGUAACCAGUCAAGGUGGUACAUGUGCGUAGGUUGGAUUCCUAUUUGGAGUACUGAGAUUUUUUCUACCCAGCUGCCUGCGUCAAUGGUUGAAAAAUCAUCUUUCUCUUGUAUUCAUCAGGCUCAAAAUUCACCAUCACAUCUCUUUUAAGUAAAUGAGUGUACCUUAAUUAUUUUUUAGAUGUGUUCAAGAAAGCUCAACCCCUUGGAAGAUUUACAGCUGUCUUUUUGACCUUUGCAUUAAGCUCUUUGCUUCAUGUAAGUAAAAGAAGAAUUAUACAUGUACCUGUUAUAAUGUAACAUAAAUUAAAGUACUUUUCAAAGGAAGAUCCCAGCAAUCUCUGUGAUUCCACUUUUACUUUUAUCGAACUUAAUGAGACACAAAAGUACCUCCAGGUCUUAUGGGAUGUUUUAUAAUUAUUAAAUAAUUAUUUUGAUCUCUGCCUGCCAGGUAGGGUUAAACAACUCUUACUCUUUUUUUACCUAUGCCUGUCAGUGAGAUCUUAUUAUUAAUAAAAAUAGAAUAAUUGCUGUUGACAUGUUUUUGCUUACAUCAUAUAAUUACAAAUUACAAAAUUAUUAUGUAAACCAGUAGAUAACCCAAAGUAAAAGCUCUCAUGACUGUCCUUUUUGUCUUUUAGGGUAUUAAUUUUCAACUUGCUGCAGUUUUAAUUUCAAUAGGAACAUAUGCCUAUAUUGAACAUGGUGAGUCAGCCAAAUCUUUGCUCACUUUGAUACACAAUGUCUUCACUAGAUUUAACAGUCCAAAAUGCAUUGAAAUACAUAUAAUUUAGGAAUAGAUAGAAUAUUUUUUAGGGCUCGAUAUCUAAUGUUUCCUCCUGAGAGACCAUUGUGAAAAAAGGAUGAACAAUUUUUUUUGUUUUUGAAACUGAAGAGGUAUUUAGUUAUGGUCAUAGUGACAUAAUAUUAUGUACUACAGGUCAAAAUUAAAUUCAGGUUGAAAUUUUUUUAUCUAGGUUGAUUCUCAGUUUCCUUUGUCCCUUAGCCCUAAUUCAUGUAUAAUCACCAGGGUUAGGAGACAAGCAAGAAAUUGAGAAUCAACCUACAUUGUAGGUUAAAAAAUUUUGACUUGAGUAUAAAUUUGACCUGUAACAUAUGCUAUAAUAAUAUUAAAAUUACGUUACUCUACAUGUACACGUAAUAAGUUCACAAGGACCUUUUUAAAUUUAAAUCAUGAUAAUUUUUAUUGAUGUCCUUUUCUCAUUUCUUUUGGUUGAUUUAUAUGCUCAUAAUUGAAUAUCAUCAAAUUUGAUGUCUUGUUGCUUUAUUUGGUGUGAGCGCAAAUUUAUGUAGAAUCAUGCACUGGGUAAUUUGUAUGACUGGAAAGACCUAGCUUGUUCCAGGGGUUCAGAUUAUAGUGGAUCGAGUGAGGGGCGAAGUCAGAAGGUGGGAAAAAAAUAAGGAGGAGUUUUUCCUGCUCACUUCUCUUUGCCCUGUCCCCACCAUCGAGUGUGUUUUUCAUUCAAGAAAAGGUAGCUUUCGUUCAGGUUCCUAUUAUCAGCCACACAACUUACAAGCAAUGAACAAACGUACAUUUGAACGAGAACAAAUUAUGUGUAAACCUCCAAAGACCCAUGUGAAGAAUUGACUGAAAUGCAGCGUUUGCAUAACUAAAGCAUAACUAAAAACCAGUGGGCCUUUACAUUUUCAGUCAGAUUUUAUGAUAUGUUAUUUGUUUAAGACAUCAUAGGCACUCUAGUUACUUCUUCUUUCGGGAAGAAAAGUAGCCGACGUCUCUGAGCAAAAUAACCAACACGUUUUGUCGGUUGUGGGUGCUUAUUCAAACCCCUGGAAAUGGCAGGAAAAAUAUAAUUACAUGUAACGGCUUGUCCCUCUGUUCUUCUUUGUCAAAUUGUCACUGUUUUUAAUCACUAACUAGAAAUCACUGGUUAAUUUUUUUUAAGUGUUUCGUUUAAUGGUUGGGAAAAUUUUCAGUGCCUGUAUACUGGCACGAAAAUGCAGGCCUGAAUGUGGACAUGUGUACAAAGAGGUGAGUAACAAAAUAAUUAAUGCAUGCCAACUAUUUUUUUUUUUUAAACAAUGUCACAUACAAUAUUUUUUAUUGCCCAUGGUCUCUAUGGAGGGUUACAAACAGCUAACCUGCGUCGCAGACACUGGAUGAUGCAUAGGCCAGCUGCAACACAGGCUAACAAACAGCUAAACAAGUAAUUGCUCAAGAGAGCAAAUUUCCUUAAUUUUUUUCUUUCAAUGACCUUACAAUGCAUAUGUUAAAGACUCAAAACGCUGCAUUACAUUACAUUUUUAUUAUUGCAGCACCACAUUUCAUCACCGUACUUAUAAAUUCACAAUACCUUUCAACUUUGCAUGUGCAUAAGGACUGAUGAUAUAACAGCAAUGUGAUAGUUCCUCAUCAGGGGACAAGCAGUAGAUGUUACUUGUAUUUAAACACAAGUUAUCUUGAUUGAGUUUGUUAAUUCUUGAAAACAAAACUGAAGAACUGGUUUGCAAUGUUAAAGAAAAUAGUGGAAUAUUAACAUUAAAUAGUGUGUAUAGUUACAUAAGUGUUAGUUCUAUUAAAAUAUUUUAAAAGGAAAUAUAUGCUCUAAGCUUGUACUUCUUGCUAACUGCUACAAGAAAAGCAGUGAGGGCCGGUUAGAGGGUGUGGCUUGAGACACUUAAAUUUAUACAUGUAGAUAUUUUGUGCUACUGCACUGACAAAAUACUGAUUUGGUACAUUUCUUUCAGGGCAACUUUUGGGUAACGGUUGCAAAUCUUGGCUUUAGCUUUCUCUCAAUGUUUCACUUGGCAUAUUUGGGUAUCAUGUUUGGAGGGGAUACAGAAGUUCAGGAGAAGGUAACUUUUUGUCUUAUCUUGUGGAACAUCAUCUUAGAUGGCCUUAACUACCCACCUCUGCCAGCUCAGCAAGUCUGGUUGAACACAAACCUAGGACAACCCAUCUUGUUCAACUCACUCAGGGUAAAAGGAUGUAUAUUAAUUAUUUUUAAUGAAGUUACAACUUACAGUAAGUAACAAGUCAUUGAUCACUGCAUGGAUUCACUCUCUGGCCUGACAAAAGACUAGCACUUGAAAUGUCAUCUUCUCUAUCACCCGUCUCUACAGUGGCCAAUCUAAUCAACACAGUUGAUACAAUGUAUCACUGCAUGGGCUUUGGUCUGAUCAUGAUAUUCAAAUGCAGUUGAACCUCCAGCUACGGCCUCUAUUAAGUGGCCAGUAAUCAAAGUCCUGAUGAAAUAAUAUUGUAGAAAAGAAUGGGAAAUUAUACUUCCCCUUGUCGUCAACUCUAUCAAUUAAGCAGCCACCAAGCACUUGAUACACUGAUAUCCACUUGGUUUGGCUUCAUUUCAAGAAUACGAUGAAGGAAAAAUAAUACAGUCCGAGAUAGAAGUUGACAAUGGAUUGUGGACCAGUAAUGCUUCUCCCAUGCCACUGUGUGCUUGUUUCAAAAUAAAGUGAUGUUCUUGCUAAAGAUUAUUCUAAUUAAUGACAAACCUCUACUGAACUGCCUAUCUCCACUGAGCGGCCACUUGCAGGCACUUGUACUCCGAAGGUGGCUGCUUAAUGCAAAUUCAACUGUACUAAUGCUAUGAUGAGCCCCUACUAGCCCUUUUGUUCCAGAAAGCCAUUUUAUGUGGAGGCAUGAAAUUUAGUAAGCCAUUUCCAAGUUGCCCCAAGCCUCUGUUUCAAAGCGAGGCUAAGUGUGAAGCCAUUGACAUAAAAACUACUGUUAUUCUCAUUCAAAUAAAACUCAUUUUUACAGCAAAGGUUUUGCACUUAGCCUCAUUUUGAAAGUGAGAGUUUUUGGAACUCGGGAGUGGCCUAUUCUGAUUUUUUUUUCAUAAAAGAGACCCUAUGGCAUAUCCAUUAAUUUUAAUUGAAACCCCUCUUGUAGUACAUGUUUGUAUUUUCAAAUGCAUUAGUGUAUUUGUUUUUCAGUUUCUUAAUAUGAUGUUGAAUCUGGGGUGUUUGAAAGUUUUAUUGUGGGUAACAUUAGCUUAAAUAAAGGGUUAAUGUUGGAAACCCAGGGAAGUAUGGUGUUUGAGGAGUGAGAGGGGAACGCAAGUCUAGUUUUAAUACAUGAGUAGAACAAAAAUUCAAGCCUUAAGUAAUAAGUAUUUUCUGGUACCAACAGUAAGAAGUUUACUGAUCACAAUCACAUGGAUGAGAGAUUCACAGAUGAAACUGACAAAAGACUUCUUUAAAAUUACCAAUCUACUUGCGGUUGGUGCAUUUUGAAUGUUAAAAUGGUGCAUGCCUUCACAUCAAAAUUUACAUACAAGCAAAAUUAUCCAUACUGCAGAGAAGGAGAGGGGGAGGGAGGGAGAGGCAGUAACUGUUGAUUUUUUUGCAAAAACGAGACCCUUAAAAGAAAGCCUGUGAUGAGCCCUACAAGGUGAUAUUAGUAUUAUGGGAUAUGAUACUGCUGGGGAAAAUCUCAAUCUAAAUCUCACACUAACCCUGGGUUAUCUUAACCCAGCUCUGAACAACUUGGCCCUGAUCUUAUCUACUAAUUCUCAUUUUUUUUCCCUUUACUUUCAUGGUUUAGGGUUAUGGCAUGAAGCAUACUCUCAGUAAAUGGUCACACUUGGACUUUGCUAGUCACUGGGUGGCCUUAGCAACUUUCCUAUUUACCACAAUAAUUUAGAUCAGAGUAAUGAUUUGGACUUGAAGAUGAGAACAAUUAAUUGUUAAUAAUGAAUUUAAACAUUCAUCAACUUAGCCUGUGUACAUCACCAUGACAUGAAAUUUAAAAUAUGUUGAUACCUUGUAAGUAAGCUCUCAACUCAGAGGUGAUUUGAAAAGAAACUUGUGCCAUU